AUUCGAGCGCCGUAUGGAGAAGGAUUCUUCCACAAGCCGUCUGGACGGGACAGCGACGGCCGUCUCAUCAUCGACUUCAUCGCCGAGAUGUUGAGAUUGCCGUACCUGAAUGCUUACCUGAAUUCGCUCGGCGCUAAUUUCCGGUACGGCGCCAAUUUUGCCACCGGCGGAUCGACGGUGAGGAGGCAGAAUGAAACCAUUUUUGAAUAUGGAAUAAGUCCAUUUUCUCUCGACAUUCAGGUUAUCCAAUUUGAACAGUUCAAAGCUCGCUCCAUUGAUCUCUACAACCAAGCCAAGAAUCCAUCUGAGAGAGACAAACUUCCAAGACCAGAGGAUUUCUCCAAAGCACUCUACACAUUUGAUAUUGGGCAGAAUGAUCUUUCUGUUGGGUUUAGAAAGCUGAGCACUGAUCAACUUCAUGCUGCAUUGCCUGACAUUGUGAACCAGUUUGCCUCUGCAGUUCAAAGAAUAUACAAGCAAGGAGGGAGAUCAUUCUGGAUACACAACACAGGUCCAUUUGGUUGCCUUCCAGUGAACCAAUUUUACAUACUGAACCCUGCCCCUGGCUUCCUUGAUGAGCAUGGCUGCAUCAAGGCGCAAAAUGACAUGUCUGUGGAGUUCAAUAAUCAGCUCAAAGCCAGAUUGGUCAAGCUUAAGACAGAGCUCCCUGAAGCUGCCAUUACCUAUGUGGAUGCUUAUGCUGCCAAGUAUGCCCUAAUCAGCAAUGGCAAAACUCAAGGGUUUCCCGACCCGCUCAAGGUGUGCUGUGGGUACCAUGUGAGGUAUGACCAUGUGUGGUGUGGGACAAAAGCAAGCAUUAAUGGGAGGUUGGUGUAUGGAGGUGCCUGUGAAAACAAAGCUCAGUUUGUGAGUUGGGAUGGAGUCCAUUAUUCAGAGGCAGCUAAUCACUUUGUUGCCAAUCACAUUCUCAAUGGUUCUCUCUCAACCCCUCCUAUUCCAAUCACUCAAGCAUGCCAUAGGAGUUAAAUUUAUUAAUAUAUAUAUAUAUAUUAGGCAAUAUUGAAGUUCU